AUGAAGUGGACUUACAAAGAAGAAAACAGCUUCGAGAAGCGCCGUGCUGAAGGUGAGAAGAUCCGUCGCAAGUACCCCGACAGAAUCCCCGUUGUCGUUGAGAAGGCGCCCAAGUCAAGAUUACAAGAUUUGGACAAGAAGAAGUAUCUGGUUCCCUCUGAUCUCACUAUUGGCCAGUUCUACUUCUUGAUCAGAAAGCGAAUCCAUCUUAGACCGGAGGAGGCUCUCUUUUUCUUCGUCAACGAUGUCAUUCCCCAGGCCACGACCACGAUGGGACAGCUUUAUAAAGUAGGUUGAGGUCUUCUUUAAUUGAUUUCUGUUUCUUUAAGGAUCAUCACGAAGAGGAUCUGUUCAUGUAUAUCGCGUACUCCGACGAGAGCGUGUAUGGCGCCGCCGAAGAGUGA